GCAAAACGCAAACCGCCGAUCAAGCUCGUCGUCGUAACAUAACAAGAAUAAAACUAAACAACUAACAAGUUAAUCCAGCAAGUUUUGACAAAAAUUAAAUGAAAAAGUAAUAGUGCAUCGCGUUGAUAGUUAUAGAAAGACGGUUAUGUGCUUGUAUUAACAGUUAUUUUAACAUGGAGGGAUCACAACACUUGCAAAUUUUGUUAUUGUUAGUGAUGAUUUCUCAAGCUCACUCCGUGUCGUAUGAUGUGCAUUGGCUGGGCGGCUCGCAGACUAUAGACCGUGAUAUAUCGUCUACAAAACAAAAUAUAGACAUUUAUUGUUACCGGGGCACAUCCAAAAACAUCUUGGCCCUGUGGCAAACAGCUAAGUUCCACAUAAGGAUAAAGAAUGAUGAAUUCGGCCAAUACCUUGGCAGCAGCCCGGCCGAGGUGUACAAAGAGUACACGGAAGACAGCUACGGCUGGUCCGUGGUCAGCCCAUUCAAUAAGAGGACCUACAGGACGGUGGCUAUAGAUCUCUUCAAUACUACAUGUAUGGCUAUCAAUACUAAACAUAGGCACAGUAUUGAGCUGCAGAUUAUUAGGGUGGACAUUUGGCGCGUGUUGCUAAUGUUCCUAGGCAUAUGCACUGUGUUCUCAUCACGCGCGCUCAGCGGGAACCCAUUGUUCUUCUACUUGUGCGGGGUUCUUGUGGGCGUGUCAGCUUCAUUCAUGGUGCUGGUGUAUUAUAUCAGCAGACUUCUACCUAGGAAAACCUUAACAUAUGGUGUGCUAAUCGGCGGUUGGACUGUCGGCGUGUACAUCUUCCAGCAAAUAUGGGAGAAUAUCCGUAACAUCGUAAUGUCUUACCAGACAUAUAUGUUCUGGUAUACGCUGGUCGUGGGAUUCAUCAGCUUUCUGGUGUGCUAUAGGGUGGGACCGCCGAGGAAUCAACGGAGCAAGAACCUUGUCAUGUGGACACUGCAGGGUAUCGGCGUGCUAAUGAUGUUCUUCAGUAGCGAGUAUCAAGAAGCGUCCACGGCCGUGGUGGCCGUCUGUCUCACCAUUAAAUACUUCCCGCAGUCCGUGCUCAACUCUAUUUAUGGAUAUUGGCGGCGCAAGUUCCCGCCGAAGCCGCGACUGCUCACGAGUGAAGAGUACUACGAAGAGGGAGCGAGAGAGACGAAAGAAGCUCUCGAGAGUUUGAGGAAGUACUGUUCGAGUCCGGAUUGUGCGCAGUGGAGGAUCAUGCUCAAACUAAACGACUCUAAAAGGUUCGCAUCGUUCGUGGAAGGCGACUCCCACCUGAGCGACGACGAGAUCCUCGACUACGAGUCGUACGCGUUCUCGACGGACCGGAGGAAACCCGUCGCCAACUCCACCAGGAUAGCCACGCUGGACAUCUCGGACGACGAUAUCACGGACGACGAAAUGUGAACUUUACGGUGUAAGUUAUAAGACUGAUUGUUUGUUAGCUAGAGUUGAACCUGUGUCGAAACUAGGGAUGAAAAUUCCGGAAAACUUCAAAUGUUAUUUUUUACAAAAUUUUCCGAUCUUUUCGGUUUUUUUCCAGCUCUAUUCAGAAUAUGGAUGGUAUAGAAAGGAUGCCAAUCUCUUAUGGCAGAAUUGUUGCAAAAGUGACCGCUUUCAGCUUUAAAUAAUAGUUCCUAAUCUCUCCAGUGGCGCUAGUUAGGCUCUGGGACAUGAGUACAUGAACCAUAUAAGGCAACAAAUAACCUGACCAAAUUACGUAGGUUGGUUUUGGUAGUAUUUCGGUCUAUAGUGGCGCCGCCUAAUUACUGUUUUUUGAUGGACACUUUUCAUACAUAGAGAUUUGGCUCCUUUAUAUAGUCUCCAUGAUUCAGAAAAAUUAAAUAUGUCACACACAAUGCCAAUGAGUGAUGUGAUGACAGUGUCAAUGCCAUAAACAAACACAU